AUGUUUAAAGCUGAACAUGAAAUUUGUUGUAUUGGUGCAACAACGUUGGAUGAAUAUGACAAACAUUUUGAACAAGAUCCAGCAGAUCCAGUAUUGAAAAAACAUUUUCAAGAAGUUUUCAUUGAAGAAUUAACAGUUGCUGAAUCUGUUAGUAUUUUGCGUGAUGGUCUUAAACGUUCGAUGGAAUCACAUAUUCGUUUUCCAAUUCUUGAUUCAGCCAUUGUUAGUGCUGUUGAAUUAUCUAGUCAUUUUAUAAUAUAUAAAUGUUUACCAUAUGAAGCAAUUGAUACUAUUUAUGGAGCAUGUAGAAACAUAUUCCGUGCUCGAAUGGAUAGUUCAUCUAAUAUAAUUGAUCGAUCAAAACAUGAAGAAUUAUCAUCAGACGUGACAGAAACAACAUCACCAAAAGAAAAAGAUGAUACGUCAACAGAAGAACAUACAUCAGAAAAGGGUGAUGCAUCAGAAAAAGAAGAUACAGCAACAAAAGAUGAUACAUCAGAAAUAGAUUUAACUGAAGUUAAAGAAGAAUCAAAACCAUUUACAUUAAAACAUGAAAUUCCAAAAGGUGUUGAUUCUACUGUUAUUAUUGAUACCUUUAGUAAAUUGACUGAUAUUCCAGUAUCGACAUUAACUAAAGCAGAAAAUAAUCGUUUAUCUAUAAUACGUGAAGAUUUACAUAAUAGAUUUAUUGAUCAAGAUGCUGCUAUUGACACUGUUGUUGAAACUAUUUUAAGAAAUCGAGCUGAAUUUCCAGUAAAAAAUCGACCACUUGCUUCAUUUUUAUUCUGUGGUCCAAUUGGUGUUGGUAAAAAAACAUUAGCACGAGCAGUAGCAUUACCAUUGUAUUAUUCAGAACAAUCAAUAUAUACUAUCGAUAUGAGUAAAUAUACUGAAGCUAAUUCAAUAUAUAAAUUAAUUAAUAUACCAAGAGAAGAAUAUAAGGUUGAUCCUGAACAAAAUAAAUUAAUAAAAAUUAUUCAACAAAAACCUUAUGCUAUUAUUUUAUUUGAUCAAAUUGAAAAAGUUCAUCAUGAAUUUUGGAAUAUUUUAUUACGAUACUUAGAUAAUGAUAAUAAGAUAAAUAAAAAAGCUGAUUUUACGAACACAAUAUUUUUUUUUAUAUCGAAUAUUAAUGAAGAAAUUGAUUUACAUUUUCGAAAGGAAUUUUUCGAUUGUUUGAAUAAUAUUAUAUACUUUCAAUCUCCUACUAUGGAUCGGCUUUGUUCUAUGAUUCAUUUUCGAUUAAAAUUAAUUGAAAAAAUUUACGAAAAACAAAAUUUUACAAUUAUUUUAACAUGGAAAGCUCGUGAUUCAUAUCUGAAAUAUUAUGAUCAAGUUCGUCAUAUUAGCUUAUUAAAAACAUAUGUGAAUGAACAAAUACUAAAUCCAUUGUUAGAUUCUUUAUCUUUAAUGAAACAUAUAUCAAAUACUAAAGUUGUUAUUGACAUUAAUGAUGAAAAUGAAUAUCAAGUUCAGUUUGGAUGA